GGGAAUAUGAGGUGGUUAAAAAUAUUGUUUUGUGAAAACACAGGGCAGUAAAAUACAAAAAUGAAAGUUAUUGCGUUAGUUGUUUUGAUUGUCCAAGUCCUCGCCUUGCAGGGUACAACUGCGCAAUGCAUCAGGACUUGCGGUAACAUCCUCGCUACUACGCCCGUGGUCAGUUCUUGUGGUUGUGGUUGCGGUUGCAGCCCUGCCGUCGCUACGCCUGUAGUCUCAACUGGACCUACCACAGUGCUCCAAGUUCCAUCUGUUGCCAACAGUCUUGCAGACACUCUCUCGCUCCUGACUGUUAGCAGUCUUUUGGCAGAGACCUUACCGCUUGGCCCGGGCAUUGUUACUGGCGUGCCCAUGGCGGGUCCGUUGGCCUACGGUGGUUGGAACGGUCCGUGGGGUGGUUGCGGUUGCGGUGGUGGUUGCGGCUGCGGUUACGGCUAUGGUCUCGGGUAUAAUAUUCUUCUGUAAUUAGUUUGUUGUUAACUGUUUUAGUUGUUGCACCCUUUUAUACUUUAGAUAUCUUUUUGAGAAGCUUCGUCGUUUAGCAUAAAAAUAACAACAAAGAUUGCGAAUAUUUAUGUUCGUUUCCUUCCAUUUAAGUAAAUAAUUGACCAACGUUUGGCUGUAUGCAUGACCUUCUAUGCGCGCAUGCGUAGCAACUGCCGAAAAGGAACGCGGAGCUUCAUUUGUUUUUUCUAUGUCAUUAUCGUAAAAUGCGUAGUCCAUAAAUAAAAAGAAGGAUAAUUUAAAUAUUGCAGCAAAUAUAUCGUAUAUGUCAGUAUAUCAUAUUAAUACCUAUCUAUACUUACUAAACUAACUGUAUUUGUUAUAUUUUAGUUUAUUUAGUGUUGUAUAUAUAUAAUAUGUAUUUUAUCGUAUGUUAUGCACAAUAUCUAAAUGAAUAUUAUGUAAUACGUAUUUUUGUAUCUGCAUUAUGUAUCCAUUCAUAUAAAUGUUUUAUAAUUGCUGUUAUUUACUGUUGAACUAUGUCAUAUAACUGUAAAACAACCGCUUUUUAUUUUUUAAAUAAUAACCUACUGUGCCAUGGAAUUAAUAAUUAGUAGCUUGCAUUUGAAUCCAUCUGCCGCUCCGUUGAAAAAUCGGUUGGCGCCCGCUCCUCGGGCCACGCUUGCCCCGAAAUUGGCCGAUGGUGCAUGAGCGCCCAUAAUGCGACCCGCGAUAUACUGCAAAGUGUGCGGUGUGCGGCGGCGCCGUUUUUAUAUUGUAUUAACAAACUUUAAUUAAUGUUCGUCGGUAACACUUACCUUCAUUCACAUAUACCCUGCAGCGUCAAGAAACGAUUCUUUACACAAAGUUUAUGAUUUCAUGCCUCAUAAUUUGUCUGAAGUGCUAUAAUUGUUUGCCUUUAUUUUUCACAGAUGUUUUUCAAAUAUAUUUUAUAUCGAAAUAUUAGAUGCAAAUACCGGUUAUUAGGGCCAGGGGUAUAUAAAUAAUGGUUAAUAUAUAUUUCUUUGGUUUUGGUUAAUGAUUUCUAUAUAUUUUUUUAUAUUCAGUAUUAAUUGUUAUAUAUCAUAAUGUUUAAAUUAUUAAAAAAUGUUGUAUAUAUUUUAAUGUCCAAAUUUUUUACGCACAUUACGUUGUUUACGUAUGUAUUUGUCCUGCAGAAAAAUUAAUAAUUGCAAAA